UGUUGCUUUGACAAGUGAUGUGAUAAGGAGGAACAUGUUAACAAUGGUGUUCAAUUCAUGCUAUGCUUCUCCCUCUCUUACUAUAAAUACCAAACCCCCAUUUCUUUCUCCUCAUCCAUUCAAUCUCCUUUUACGCAUUCAUUCUCCAUCAACAACAACAUUCAAGCUCAAGCACAAGCACCUCUCUACUUCUGGUUUCCGAAUUCGCAGACAUUCUCCGAAUCGAGCCUUUCGCGUGUUGUCUUUUAAGAGAGAGAAGGAGGUUGAAGCGAUGACAAUCAAACCGGCGGUUCGGGUUAGCCGGGACCUGAUCGUGAAGGAGAGGAUCAUUCUAACCGGUGUGCCGGAGAACGUGACGGAGACGUCGGCGUCGGUGUCUGAGCCGGUGGAGGGAGUGUUUCUGGGAGCGACGUUUGAGAAGGAGGAUAGCAGGCACGUGAUUUCGCUGGGAACAUUAAAGGAUGUCCGGUUCAUGGCAUGCUUCCGGUUCAAGCUAUGGUGGAUGUCACAAAAGAUGGGAGACAGAGGAAGUGAGAUCCCAUUGGAGACGCAGUUCUUAUUGGUGGAAACCAAAGAUGGGUCCCACCUUGAAUCAGAAAACGGCGACAACGAGAACAACCAGAUCGUGUACACCGUGUUCCUCCCUCUCAUCGAAGGCUCCUUCAGAGCUUCCCUUCAGGGGAACACACAGGAUCAGCUUGAGCUCUGUCUCGAGAGCGGCGACGCAGACAUCAAAGCGUCGUCGUUUACUCACGCUCUCUUCAUCAGCGCCGGAACGGAUCCCUUCGCCGUCGUACACGACGCCUUCAAGGCCGUUAGGAACCACCUCAAGACGUUCCGUUUGCGGGACGAGAAGAAACUUCCAGGGAUCGUCGAUUACUUCGGUUGGUGCACGUGGGACGCGUUCUACCAGGAGGUGAAUCAGGAAGGGGUGGAGGCUGGGCUUCAGUCCCUCGCCGCCGGCGGAACGCCGCCUAAGUUCGUCAUCAUCGACGACGGUUGGCAGUCCGUCGCCGGCGACCCCGAGAACGAGAAAGAGAAAGAGAAGAACUCGUUGCAGAGGCUAACAGGGAUAAAAGAGAACUCCAAGUUUCAGAAGAAAGAAGAAGGGAUAAAGAGCAUAGUGGAGAUAGCGAAGAAGAAGCACGCGCUGAAGUACGUUUACGUUUGGCACGCGAUUACUGGAUACUGGGGUGGGGUUCGGCCAGGGGUGAAGGAGAUGGAUGAGUUUGGUUCUGUGAUGAAGUUUCCGAAUGUGUCAAAGGGAGUGAUGGAGAAUGAACCCACAUGGAAAAUCGAUCCACUUGCGGUUCAAGGUUUGGGGCUUGUGAACCCCAAGAAAGUUCACAGCUUCUACGACCAGUUGCAUAGUUAUCUUGCAUCUGCUGGUAUAGAUGGUGUUAAGGUGGACGUGCAGUGUAUAUUAGAGACUUUAGGUGGUGGGUUAGGUGGCAGGGUUGAACUCACCAGACAGUAUCAUCAGGCACUUGAUUCUUCCAUUUCCAGAAACUUCCCUGACAAUGGUUGCAUCGCCUGCAUGAGCCACAAUACUGAUGCGCUCUACUGUUCCAAACAAACGGCUGUGGUUAGAGCUUCUGAUGAUUUCUGGCCGCGUGAUCCAAUGUCUCACACCAUCCACAUUGCCUCUGUUGCUUACAACAGCAUCUUCCUCGGAGAGUUUAUGCUCCCUGAUUGGGACAUGUUUCAUUCCUUUCAUCCUGCCGCCGAGUACCAUGGUUCCGCUAGGGCCAUCAGCGGUGGGCCCCUCUACGUCAGCGACGAGCCUGGGAAGCACAACUUUGAUGUCUUGAAGAAAAUGGUGUUGCCUGAUGGGUCUGUGCUCCGAGCCCGUUUGCCCGGUAGGCCCACCAAGGAUUGCUUGUUCACCGACCCGGCCCGUGAUGGGGUUAGCCUGCUCAAGAUAUGGAACAUGAACAAGUACUGUGGGGUGUUGGGAGUGUAUAAUUGCCAAGGUGCGGCAUGGAGCGCCGCCGAGAGGAAGAACGCCUUUCACCAGACUAACUCCGCCUCCGCCGCCGCCAUCACCGGCUACGUCAGGGGCCGCGACGUCCACCUCAUAUCGGAGGUCGCCGAUGACCGUGAUUGGAACGGUGAUUGCGCCCUCUACUCUCACCGCUCUGGCCAGCUUGUGGUUCUUCCUUACAAUGUGGCUAUGCCGGUGUCCCUCAAGGUGCUGGAACAUGAAGUGUUCGCCGUUUCACCCGUUAAGUUUUUGGCUCCUGGCUUCAGUUUUGCUCCCCUUGGACUCCUCAAUAUGUUCAACGGCGGAGGAGCCAUUGAGGGACUCGUGUACGAGGUUAAAAACGAUGGUGGUCUGGUUGGGGUAGCUCGUUUGGAGAUCAAGGGAUGCGGCGUGUUUGGUGCUUAUUCGUCCGCCAGACCAACAAGGUGCUUGUUGGGAACCAACGUUGUAGAUUUCAAGUACGACAAUGAUUCUGGGUUGCUCAGUUUCGCUAUAGAUCAUUUGCCAAAAGAGGGACACGAGGUUCACCUUGUUGAGAUUGAGCUGUGAGUUUAUUAUGCUCAUGUUAGGUUAUAGGUUAUUCGUUAAUCAGAGAAGAUUGGAUGAGAUGUCUGGGGAAUUAGUAUGUCUAGGUUAUAGGUUAUUCGUUUAUUGUACUCGCUGUGUUUUGGAAUUUGGAAUUUGGAUGGAAAUAAAUACGCGUUUCUAUCU